AACUGCACGUCAGAUUGUAAAUGCUAUAGUCCUUGCAAAGAGAAACAUCACAAUGGGACGAAAAAAGCGCAAGACGACCGAUACGGAUGCAGCCGCUGAAGAAGAGGCCGCAGCAGCGCAGCCCAACGAAUUGGUGACUGCUUCGGCGACGAUGCCGCUUGCGUCAACAAUCAAGACACCGACUGGUACGCAAGCCUUACCUGCGGCUUCUAACUACGCGAUGACGUCUCAUUCCGGGGAAAUUGUGCAAGAAGAUGUGUACGUCUCGGACGGAUCAGAGGACGAGCUCGAAGAUGUGGACGUCGUGUUGAGUGGGUCACGAAUGGGGCUCAUGCGUCGCGGAUUGGUGCAUCCGUCGGCGUUGCUGCAGCCGAAUCGACAGUGGACGAGAAGUGACGCCGCCACGGCGGUCGCCGAAGGCGAAGCCUUCACGGAAGACGAGACACGGUUACGACAGGAGGAGGAAUUGGCGAAACUAGAUCCCGCCGAACGCGCGGCUCGACUACAGCAAGAAAAAUUACGCAAAGAAGAGGAAGCAGUUUUAACGGAGCGACAAAAAGAGAGUGAAGAGAACGCCGGUCGUGAUCCGGCCCUCUUCUCCAAGAGAACGGCCUUUGAUAUUCGCUUUGAUCAAAUUGAGGAAAAGCCUUGGGCUCGUGGCACUGGAGAUUUUGCAGACUUUUUUAACUACGGUUUGGCGGAAGAAGAUUGGUUGGAAUACGCAGAGCAGCAAAUGAUGAUUCGACAGGAACUCAUUGACGCGAGCAAGCAAAAGAGGGCUCCGGACCCCACGAUUGUUCCGG